AGCGACUCCAUAUCUUGUGGUAGUCGCCACGAUGCCACAGAAAGGCAACGCCGUAAACAUCACAAUACUAUCGGUAUUAAUUCUUAUAGCUGUCGCGAAGAUAAACCUACCUAUCAACGCGGAAGUUAAGGAAUAUUUAGGCUAUCCAACUGACUCGCUGUUAAAUUUCACAGAACUAACUGCAAAAUAUGGUUACAAUACUCAAGAGCAUACAGUUAUCACAGAAGAUGGGUAUGUUCUGAAGUUAUUCAGGAUUGUGAAGAAUGGAAAGUGUUUCAAUAAAAGUUUACCAGUAGUGUUAAUGCAUGGGUUGUUAUUAAGUGCUGACGCCUGGAUAGAUGCAGGGCCAGGAGCUGGAUUGGCGUAUCUAAUAGCAGACGACUGUCAUGACCUCUGGGUCGCCAACUGCCGUGGAAAUUACUAUUCAAGAGCGCACACAACCUUGGACCCGGAUAAAGAUGCAGAAUUCUGGAGUUUUACGCCUAAUGAGAUAGGAGUGUACGACGUGCCAGCGAUAAUUGACUACGUUUUGGAUCAGACUGGUGAAGAUAAGUUGAACUAUAUUGGAUAUUCCCAAGGAGCUGGCACGUUCUUUAUUAUGUGCUCAGAAAGAACUGGUUACUGUGAUAAAGUCAAUGUUUUAAUUGCUCUAGCACCGGCGUCUAGACAGGUUAAUACAAGAUCUGUGAUCUAUAGAACGUUUACAAAAAGCAUGUUGAAGCUAGAGGGAAUGUUUUUCAAGUUUGGUGUACAAGAAGUGCUGUCAAAAGGAGCUGGUUUCCAGGAGUUUCUGGCCUUCUUCUGUCAAUUGAAUUUAGUGACUGAGAAGCUGUGCUGGGCGGGGCAAGGUCUAUUUGAUAGUUUCCAUCCAAAAUCUGUCAAAAACACGACAACUAGGGCACUUUUUGGACAUUUUCCGGCUGGAACAUCGGUGCACUCUUUAGCUUGGUACGGUCAGAGUAUGGACUGUAAGGAUUUUAGAAAAUUUGACUAUGGUGCUGAUAAUAUUAGGCUUUAUGGGUCUGAAGAACCUCCUAAAUAUAAUUUAAGUGCUGUGUCUGUUCCUGUGGUGGCAAUUUACGGCCAAAACGACGGUUUAGUGGACACUAAAGAUGUGCAGUGGUUGAUGAAGAAACUACCCAACGUAGUAGAAGCGUGGCUGGUGAGGGACCCGAAAUGGAACCAUUUUGAUGUUACGUAUAGUCAAUAUACGGGAGAUUUGAUGUAUCCAAAGAUUAGAACAUAUUUACGAUACAAUUUUAGUGUGCAUUAGUCUUAAUAGUUAAGAAAAUUUGAGUUGAGAAAAGUUGAGAAGAAAUAAGUUCUGAUCAUAAUUUUCAUUAUAAUAGUUGUCUUUGAUACAAACGUAACUCACCACUGACAGUUUAUUUAAUCAGGAAAAUAUUUCAACACAUUUCGAGAUAUUAGUUUUUUGUCUACAUGCUUUAUUUUGUAUGCAAUGGGACACAAACUAGGCUUAAAAAAUGUUUUUCGUCAUAUCUUUGUAUUUCAAGCACUGUAAGUACAUUACGUAUCCUUACAUAUUAUAAAACAAAGUCUUCUGCCGUGUCUGUCUGUUCGCGAUAAACUCAAAAAUUACUGCACGGAUUUUCAAUGCGGUUUUCACAAAUAGAUAGCGUGAUUCCUGAAGCAGGUUUAGGUGUAUGAUUCACAUACGUUUUUACCCGAGCAAAGCCGGGUUUGGGGUGCUAGUUAAACAAAAAUGCAGUACCUAUCUUUUACGUUUUCACGGCUAAACCGCUGGUCCGAUAAUAAUAUAAAAUUUGGAAUAGAUAUAGGGUCAAAGAGCUACCUCGAACGUAGUUGCGGGCAACAGCUAGUUUCAAAAUAUACCGAUCUAUGAGCUAAUAACUUACGUAGCUGAAUUAUAUGGUCAUUGACCUAAAGUGCACAAAAACUGGUCAAACGAAUUAAGCAAGGUCAAGCGCGUAUCGCUAUUCUUUUCCAUCAGAUUCCAUUUCAAGAAAUUGCUUUUUUAAUGGUUAUAUUCUUUUUCUUUUUCUCCAUACCUAUAGGAUAAAACGGGGCUCUAUCCCGUCCUUCUAUCAAAAGGCAGUUCAAAUUCACAGACGUAUUUCUAUUGCCGCUAGAAUAAAAAAAAAAACAAGUAUUUAAAGGGUCUCCCUGCAACAAGUGGUCAACUUCGUGGUCGUCCAUGUCUCGGCACCAUAAGUCAUGGUGGGCUGGACACAGUGGGGCACCUAAUGGCUCUAAACAAAUAAAUAGCAAUAAUGCCUGCAAAUAUAUUUAAAUUGAGAUCGUGGAGAGGUCAAAUCAAAUCAAAUUAUUUAUUCAGAAAUUACGCCUUCACUGGCACUUUUUCACGUCGUAUUCUAAAUUAAAUGAUGUUUACCAAAGCUACAAACUACUAGCAUUUCGGAACGACCACUGCUGAGAAGAAAUGCCGAAAGAAACUCAUUCAAACAAUGUUGGUCCCUAUUAUGCCAGAAGGUCUUACCAUUUUUAAAAUAUAAAUUUAUACAUAAUUUUUUAUCAGUAAUAUAACAAUGUAAGUACACAAUAAAGUACAUGGUCAAAAGGUAUACUGAAACAUAUUAUGAUUAUGAUCAAGUGCUGAUGAAAGGAAUAUAUAUAUAUAUAUAUAUAUAUAUAUAUAUAUAUAUAUAUAUAUAUAUAUAUAUAUAUAUAUAUGUUUAAUUAACCAAACAAAAAAAACUUUUAAUAAAAGAUCGAGCUGACCAGUUCCCCCCCGGCAGAACCCGUUCACGAGUUGACGCGUGAAUCAGCCAUCGCGAAGCUCAACCACAAUAGAGGGAACCUCCCGACCCGAUCCACGAGGAAAAAGAAAUUGUAUUUGAAUCUUAAUAAUAAUAUUAUGAUAACUACCGUGUGUCGUAGUACAAAGUUCAUUUUCUUUAUUCUAGACAAAUGAUUCAUCCUUGAUCGUAGCAUUCAUAGCACACUAACUCAAAAUAAGAAAUAAACAGAAUUCUAUCACAAGUAAUAACAAUUCAAUUCUAUCCAUGUUUUUGUUCGUAUACAGGUCACACAAAUUAUAAAACACAUCAUAGAAUGGUAGGGCUGGUAGGGCACUUCAAACUUCGUACUUCAUUAUUAUAUAACAAAGUUCUCUGCCGCGGCUAUCUGUCUUAUUGUCUGUUCGCGAUAAACUCAAAAACUACUGUACGGAUUUUCACGUGGAUCACCAAUAAUAGUAUGAUUCCUGAAGAAGUUUUCUUCUUCUCCAUAGUCGUAUUCAUCAUGGCUGAGGGUCGUGGUUAUUACGUGGAAUGAAACACACCCAACAACUUUCUUGGCUUUAUUAUUGGAGUGGUUUGCCAUUGCCUUCUCCAUUUCACACACAAGUAAAUAAUCAACCAGUGUGCAGAUUUCUUCACGAUGUUUUCCUUCACCAGAAGCAAGUGGUAGUCGAUGAAAACUACUAUACAUGAGUCAACACACAACAGUGGUAUACAAACUCAUGUGGCACGAGUAGGAUUCGAACCUGGAACCUUUCGAUCCACAGGCGGACGUCUUAACCGUUACACUACCACCGCUUCUAUUACGAAGAAGUUUUAGGUGUAAAAUUUAUUGUUUUUACGCGAGCAAAGCCGGGACGAGCCGCUAGUAUGAUACAAAUAGAACUGGAAGGUAAUUAAAUUAAUUAAUUACAAAAUUGAAUGUCACAAUAUAAAUCAUGUGACAAAUCUCACAAAGUUUAUGCAAAAGUUGUUUGAUUAAAAAAUUAUGACUAUGUCGCUUUCGCUUUAUUUUGUUAACUGCCCGCGACUUCGCUUACGUGUGGUUGGAAUAAGUAAAAUUUUCGUACAUAA